AAUGACUUAAGACAUUUAAAGAUAACAAUAAUUAAUAAAUAAUACAGAGCGAAGAAGAAGAAGAAGAAGAAGGAAGAUCGAUCGAGAGAUAGAGAGGAAGAUUGAUAUCUCCUCCUCCUCCUACUACUACUGGGACUAUUCAUCUUCUCCACGUCCACGGUAGAAAUGGGAAUCUCAGUUCUCGUCGACAGCAUCUCCUCAUUUCUAAAUCUGUCAUCAUCCAGACACAUCGAUUUGGACCCUUUCGAAAAGUACUACAAGAGAGUCGAAGAGCUGUUGAUAGUACUGAAACCGAUAGCUGAUGCUGCAGCUGCUGCUGCUCUUAUCACCACCACCUCCCAUCUUGUCUCCGAGGAGGAGAAGAUCGGUAAAUCGUUUGAUGAGCUGACUCAGGAUGUUGAUCACUCCAUUCACCUUUUCAGAAGCUGGCACGCUUUCUCCAGCAAAGUCUAUUUCGUCCUCCAAAUCGAAUCUUUGAUACCAAAGAUGCGAGAAACUAUUGUGGAUACUUUCCAUAUUCUCAUGUCCUUUGAGCACAACCUACCUGAUGACCUCAGUCCAGCUUCCCUCGAGAAAUGUCUAGAGAAGGUUAAGCAGCUUAGUUAUGAAGAAAUAUCUUCUGUCAUUGAUGGAGCUCUAAGGGAUCAGAGAGAUGGAGUUGGACCCACCCCUGAGACAUUGGUGAAAAUUGGGGAGAACACUGGUCUGAGAUCAAACCAGGAGAUUCUGAUCGAAGCUGUUGCUCUGGAGAGGCAGAAAGAGAUCGCUGAGCAGUCUGAGAACAAUGCUGAAGUCGAGUUCCUUGACCAGUUGAUUAUUAUCGUUAACCGCAUGCACGAGCGUCUUCUUCUCAUCAAACAGACUCAGACGUCUAGCGUCGCCAUUCUCGCAGACUUCUUCUGCCCUCUGUCCCUCGAGGUAAUGACUGAUCCGGUGAUCGUGUCGUCAGGACAGACGUACGAGAAGGCGUUCAUCAAGAGAUGGAUUGAUUUAGGUUUGAAAGUUUGUCCCAAGACUCGGCAGACUCUGACUCACACCACUCUGAUACCUAACUACACCGUCAAGGCUUUGAUCGCUAACUGGUGUGAGACAAAUGAUGUCAAGCUGCCUGAUCCCAACAAGUCAACCAGUUUAAACGAGCUGUCUCCUCUUUUGUCAUGUACAGACUCUGUUCCCAGUGUUAGCAACAAGUCAAAUGACUGGGAUGCUUCAACAGAGAGAGAAGGUGCUUCUCCUUCUGCCUUGGACACUUCUUCACCAGGAAAUGGGUUUGGUAUGGAGGCCAUGAGGAUGUCACUGAAUGAUUACGAAGAUAGAUCUAACGAUUCUCGAGAAAUGAAGACAGAUGCAGCAGCACCCGGAAGGUCAUCUGUAUCUUCAACUGCACGGGGCUCAGUUGAAAACAACGGACAAACAUCUGAGAAUCUUCACCACCAUCUUAGGUCCCUUUCUGCUGCUAGUAGCUCAGUUUCAAACGAAGAGUCUCCAAGAGGAGACGCCAACGAGAACUCAGAAGAAUCAGCUCACGCCACACCUUACAGCAGUGAUGCUUCAGGAGAAAUCAGAUCAGGGCCUCUCGCUGCUGCAACCACUUCAACAGCAGCACCAGCUCCUCGGCGAGAUCUUUCUGAUUUCUCCCCAAAGUUUAUGGACAGACGUAACCGUGGCCAGUUCUGGCGUCGUCCAUCAGAGAGGCUUGGUUCAAGGAUUGUUUCAGCGCCUUCUAAUGAGACGAGGCGUGAGCUUAUCGAGGUCGAGAACCAAGUUAAGAAACUGGUGGAGGAGUUGAAAAGCAGUUCACUGGAGGUACAGAGACAAGCAACCGCGGAGAUAAGGUUGCUAGCUAAGCACAACAUGGACAACAGGAUUGUGAUAGGGAACUCUGGAGCAAUCGUCUUAUUAGUGGAGCUGCUUCACUCAGAAGACCAACCUACGCAGGAGAACGCGGUGACGGCUCUUCUGAACCUGUCCAUUAACGACAACAACAAGAGUUUAAUCGCUGCAGCUGGUGCAAUCGAACCGCUCAUCCACGUGCUCGAGAACGGUAGCUCCGAAGCAAAGGAGAACGCAGCUGCUACACUCUUCAGCCUCUCUGUUAUAGAAGAACUCAAGAUUAAGAUAGGUCAGUCCGGUGCAAUCGGGCCUCUUGUGGAUCUUCUAGGUAACGGUACACCUCGGGGUAAGAAAGACGCUGCUACUGCGUUGUUUAACCUGUCGAUACAUCAAGAGAACAAGGCGACGAUUGUGCAGUCUGGUGCUGUGAGGUAUCUUAUAGAUUUAAUGGACCCAGCAGCUGGGAUGGUGGAUAAAGCGGUUGCGGUUUUGGCUAACCUUGCUACGAUCCCUGAAGGGAGAAACGCUAUUGGACAGGAAGGUGGGAUAGGUCUUCUUGUUGAGGUCGUUGAGUUGGGUUCGGCUAGAGGGAAAGAGAACGCAGCAGCGGCUCUGCUUCAGCUUUCGACCAACAGUGGGAGGUUCUGCAACAUGGUUCUUCAAGAAGGAGCUGUUCCUCCUCUCGUUGCUCUUUCACAGUCUGGUACUCCAAGAGCCAGAGAAAAGGCACAGGCAUUGCUCAGUUACUUUAGGAACCAACGCCAUGGAAAUGCUGGGCGUGGCUGAUGGAUCUCAGUUCUGGAGAGGCCUAUUUUGUGUUUGUCAUUCUCUUACUAAAGUUGUGAUUUUGUACAAAAGAGGUUUGGUUUCGUCUGCAAAUGAUUCUAUACCCAAUAUUUUUUUCUUGAUUACCUACUGCAUUCUUUGAUUUUCGAUUGAUACUUGCAAGGAAUAAAACUUUGGUUUGGAAUUAGAAGUCUUUUUUUUUCUUGUUUGUAAGUUUCUGAAGUAAAACAAUGUAGCUGUGAAUGUGAAUUGAGUGAGUAUUUUAACCAUUAA